AUGAAGGAUGAUGAUCUUGGCGAUGGCAAUGGCAAUGAUCCGGUUCUGAUGAACGUAGUACAGGCGAGGGCAGCUGCCGCCUCAUCAGAACUGGCAGAGGCAGGUAAAACUCCAACGAAGCCCAGUGAUGAAUAUCCACAGGAAAAUGCAGCAAAACAUGGAGUCAUCGGGGCACAGUCAACUACGGAGGGAAUGACUAGCCAUCAACUGGAAAGUAAUGAAUCCAUAAAGAAGACCAAUCUUGACAAUCUUGAUGCUGGUGGAGGAGAAGAUGCCCUGGUAAUGGAGUUAGUCCACGAGAGGGCAGCUGCCGCCUCAUCAGAACCUGCAGAGGCAGAAGACAACAAUACAGUUGAUGGGAUGACCCAAGUACAAGAUCAUUCCAGACCAGGAGGUUACAAUGGUGCACCAGGAAUGACACCAAGUCGCAACCUUGGCACAAUGUCAGAGGGAUUUGAAUGCAACGGCCAACAAGGAUCCCAUGACACCCAUGGAAGAGAAUUCCGGGAAACCUCAUCUGAUGUCCCGCCUCUUUCCAAUGAAGCCGACUUUACCGAGAAAAUCGCAGAAGCCCAACCUGUGGAUGAUCAAAGCCACAUUUUUGCAGCUGACAGUGCGACCCCUAUUGAUGUGGAAGCGAGAAAAGCGAGAGAACAAGUUGCUGCAAACACUCGAAAGGGUCUUUUGUUUACUGGCGCCCUGGCUCUCAUUGCAGUCAUUGUGGCGGUUAUUGUAGUGAUAGUCUCCCUCAAGAAGCAACAGCAACUAGAAUCAGAAACAAUGGCACCUGCUACGAUGGCACCAACUACGUCCCGAGAACUAGGGGUAAGAGCGGAGCUUGCUAGAGUCAUUGGUGAAUUUGUAAAUGAGGACGAUUCGCCGUAUCAGCAGGCAAUGGAUUGGAUUUUGUACGAGGAUGCAAUGAUCCUCGAUGAAUUCAGUGAGAACUUGAUCCAACGAUAUGUGUUGGCUCUCUUCUAUUUCAAAACCUCCCAAGAAGGUCCUUGGGUUUCAUGCAACCCACGAAGGCAAGGCGAAGACCAUACCUGUGUUUUUAGUGAGUUCACUAGAAAUCAGACGACCAACCAUGUGGUCUAUCAAACACGAAAUGAAACUGAAGUGCGCUGGCUGUCAGAAAGGCAUGAGUGCGAAUGGGCUGAAAUUUGGUGCUAUCCUGCCGCAGAUGGAGCUGUGAUUGCGAUUGAUAUCAUGGGACAGAACUUGACUGGAACAAUGCCAGAGGAGUUAAGGCACCUGGAGGGGAUGAUGUGGCUGACACUUAGCUUUAAUCCCCUCACAGGUACUAUUCCCGAGGUGUAUGGUGAAUUUCCCGGCCUAACAGUCUUUGAAGCCACUGAGACCUUCAUCACUGGUCAGAUCCCUGGUGGAUUCUUUAGUCAGCCCAACUUGCUUCAGCUCAAUGUAGCAUACACGCUGAAUACUGGGACCAUCCCAACCGAGAUCGGCCAAUUGUCCACUCUGGGGUGGCUGUUUUUAUUCAACACAGAAAUUUCAGGGGUGUUGCCAAGUGAAAUAGGACUACUGGAAGAUGUCAAAUCAAUGUGGUUGUAUGACAAUAGGCAGCUACCAGGGACCCUCCCUUCAGAACUAGGCAAGCUAAGCCUGUUGGAGGAGCUGAAAAUGGGUGGGAAUAAUCAUGCUGGACCUUUACCCUCGGAGCUUGGUGAUUUGAACAACCUGAAGGAGUUCCUUUUCAGUGGCAAUGAAAUGGGCAACACUCCUCUCCCAGAUGAACUGUGGAACAUGUCAAGCUUGAUAUAUUUUGACAUUGCCGGGUCUCAUUUUGGUGGAUCCAUCAGCACUAAAAUUGGUAAAAUGACAACCCUGGUGGGCUUUAAAGCUGCCCGAAAUGAAUUUUCUGGUACUGUGCCAUCUGAAAUAGGGCUGCUCUCCAACCUCAUCUUGCUAUGGGUCCAUGAAAAUGGUAUUGAAGGUGAUAUUCCAAUGGAAGUGUGUCAACUCCGUGGUGUUUCCAGUUCCAGUUUGUCUUUUCUGAAUGCGGACUGUGGAGGGAUUAACCCCAAAGUUUCUUGUGCAGCAGGAUGCUGCACUGGAUGUUGUGACAACGAGGGCGUGUGUCAACUGACAGACUUGUAG